AUGGCUUCGAGAGUUGCUCUAGCGCUCCUCGCGACCUCACUUCUCCUCACCUCAGCAGCUGCUGCUCAGUUCGCUCCCCGGCCGUCGCCUGACUCAUUGCCCAAACCUGCGCCCCUCUCGUCGCCCAUCACGUCGCCCAUCACGUCGCCCAGCAUGUCGGCCAGCACGUCGCCCGUAUCGCCACCUGCGACGACGUUUCGCGCGGAGCUGAAGCAAGUGGCGAGCAUCCUCGCUGGGCAGCCGGGCUACAGCCUUCCGGCCAAACCCACGCCCGCCGUUCUUAUAAGCUGCGCCCUCAGGUUGUCCUGCUUUGUCGCUGAGCUCUUCUCACACCUUUACUCCGGUGUGGCCACCCGCCGCUCGUCGGCUUACACUUGCCCUGUCAUCCCUCCUGCUCUGUCCUUCCGCAACUUCCCGAACGGCAAGCUGAAGCUCGUCGAAAACACCACGGUUCUCGUCCCCACCGACUCCGCCCUCGCGAAAUUCGGCCUUCGCGCGCUCUUCAACCCCAAGAUGGUUACCAAACUCGCCCGCUACAACAUCAUUCGCGGGCGCUUCUCCUUCAGCCAAAUGAAGAACCUUCCCCGCGGCACGCAGCUGCGCUCCCUUUACAAGAACCGCCCGGUAGAGCGCAAGGCCGUGAGCCCCGCCGCAAAGGACUGGGUGAUCAAGAACAAGGACCUUCUCGAGACAAACUUUUUCCAGAAGUUCGGGACGCAAGCGAGCUCCGCCGCGCUCAACAAGCUUCUCCCGCCCGCUGGCAACGAGGUGGGGUUCGGCCGGCCCAACUCCGGCCCGCUGUCGUGGGUGCGGGUAGACAAGCCCGACCUGUUCAGCGGUAAAUUCAUCAAGGUGCACGGUGUGGAUAACCUUAUCAGGCCGCCUGCUUAA